AUGCUCAUUCGACCUUUUUCUCUAUUUAGUCACCCGAUUAACGAUUUAAUCACCAGCGCAAAUGAGCACUGGCGUUCUCUCCUGCAAAAAGAAACCCACACUUUGGCCGCCGCCGCAGACCAGUAUCGCUCCCGUCGUGGACGUCAUCCACCCCCCGGGUUCGCAGAAUGGUUCGAAUUCGCCAAGUCCCACGACUCGAUAGUCGUGGAGGAAUUCUUCGACCAGAUUCACCAUGAUCUAAAUCCGUUCUGGGGUCUUGAGCCCCGCGAAGUGCGCCGACGGGCUAGAGGCUACGAACCGCGCAUCGAGGUUCGCGAUCACAAAGUGAAGCUCGUGGGGGGCGGAGUCUGGACGGACAUAUGGCUCGACUUGGUGAAAACAGUAGAGAAAUACCUUCCGGAUCUUGACAUGCCUAUCAAUCAGAUGGAUGAAUCUCGAAUGGUGAUCCCGUGGGGGGCGAUUAAUUCGUUCAUCGACAAGGAACAAGCCAGUCGCGGACUGACUGAGACAGACAAGACCGUCAGCGAGUAUAUGAGUCUCUCGAACGAAGUGGAUGAGGAACGCUUCGAACCGCGCUUUCUUGGUCCUGCCGAUUCCAGCGUCUGGGAGAUGACUCGCCUCGGCUGCGCCCUCGACAGUCCGUCGCGCGACAGCUUUAUCCCCCACAUCGACUUUGCUAAUCCACCGCCGGAGAUGGACAACUACCUUCGCCUGGGGUACAAGGGCUAUGUGAAGAACUGGACACAAACGAUGGAUCCAUGCAUCCGGCCCGAACUCCAGGCUCUCCAUGGGACCUUCAUCGAGCCCGUGUCCGUGUCAACGACACACGAUGCGUUCCCACUCUUCGGAGGAUCCAAACUCCCGAUGAAUAAUGAAGUUCUCAUUCCACCAGCAAUGUACUGGGCCGACAAUAAGUUGUACUCCGGAGGCGACAACGAACAUGGUGAUGACAAUUGGGACGCGAAAAAGGACUUUUUCCUCUGGCGCGGUUCUGCGACAGGCGGCCGCAGCAAAGAAGAGACCUGGACAGGCUUCCAGCGCCAUCGUUUAAUUUCCAUGUUGAACGGAACCUCCGUGGAGGCUGCUGAGCAAACGCGUCAUUUCGCCAAUUUCCUCCUUCCUGACUACGACUACUACAACCUCGCUACUGGAAAGGAUGGGCACCUCCCCGAAUUGCUCAAAAAUCACACCGACGUCGGUUUCGUCCACCUCCUUUGCUUCCCUGGUGACGGUGACCCGCACUGUCCCUACACAGACCCAUAUUUUGCCGUCACUCCCGGGAUGCCCAUGAAGGAACAAUACGCCUAUAAAUACCUACUUGAUCUCGAUGGUAACUCCUUCAGCGGCCGCUACCGCAGUUUCCUCCGCUCUACCUCUCUACCCAUCAAAAGUGCCAUCUACAAAGAGUGGCAUGACUCCCGCAUUAUCCCCUGGGCGCAUUUUGUCCCCAUCGAUCCCACGUUCAUGGAUAUCUACGGUAUCAUAGAGUACUUCUUCGGGGACGGAAAAGACCGCAAAGGUCACGAUUCCGUGGCACGCAAGAUGGCCUUUGACGGCAAGGCGUGGGCCGAGAGGGUUCUCAGACGCGAAGACAUGCAGAUCUACGUUUAUCGAUUGCUUUUGGAAUAUGCACGAUUAAGCGACGAUCGACGUGAUAUACUUGGAUAUGUUCAAGACCGUUUUGAAGAGGAGUCUGGGUACAGUUGA